AAUAUUAGAAUUCAAUAAUUUCAUCAAUUUCAUUAUAAUGACAUCUAGUAGUAAAUUACACCAUUAAGUUUACGUGGGCAUUCGAUCCAAUCCAACCUUUUUGUCUCCUCACAUUAUAAUGAUAUUGGUUACCACAAUCUCUUAUCUAGUGGAGAGUAGAAAUUAGUAAUAAGGGACUUUCUUGUAACAUUUUGUAGUUGAAGGACUGAAUUGCAAGACUUUUAUAAGUUGAAGGGUUAGAAUAGAAAUAACUUGUUUAGUACUUUGACGAGAGAGAGAGAGAGAGAGAGAGAGAGAGUUGCGGGACCGAGAGUUGCCGACGUCGUGAUCUGGUAUUGAAAUUACAAUCCGUUUGAUAAUGUAAAUCCAAAAAUAUGAAUUUGUGAUUAUUAUUAUUAUGACGAUGAUGAUGAUGAUGAUGAUGAUGAUGUGAAUGUAUCUAUGAGAGUAGACUAUCCACAAAAUUCAAACGCAGUUUCAAUACAAUCACACAUUCUUCUUCUUCUUCUUCUUCCUUUUCAAUUUACAACAACAAAAAAUAGGGUUUUUUUACCAUUCACCGGCUGUGUUUGCUUGCUUCUGGUGGACCUGCUUUAAUUCUCUCCCGACAAUCAACCUCAACCAGGUAGUAAAAAAAAAAUAUGACUAAUUCCAAGGAGAAGAACGAAGAUGACGGUGUUGGGCAUGGACAAGAAGAAUCUAGUCUGGUUUUGGAAACUGAAACUCAAACUCCAACUCCAGCCCAAGAUCAAAACCAACCUCGGGAUGAACAAAAAACUGCUGUUUCUCCUACUCACACCCCUCUUCCACUUCCACUUCCACCCAAAACUGAAGCUUCUGAAGUACCUCUUCACCAACCUGGAGAUGAGCCUGUUUCUAAAUCCUCUUCUGAUAUGAAACCUGAACCUGGAAAUGGAAAUGGAAAUGGAAAUGGUGUUCUUAUAGCUGAGCCCACCUCAAAACACGCUUUUCUUUUAGACCAACACAUGUAUGAAGGAAAUGAAUCAGGGACAGAAGAGGACCAGUCAAACUUUAUGAAGGAGCUCGAAAAUUUCUUUAGAGAGAGGGCCAUGGAAUUCAAACCUCCCAAGUUCUAUGGAGAAGGUCUAAAUUGCCUCAAGCUUUGGAGAGCUGUGACUAAAUUAGGUGGCUAUGACAAGGUGACUACAUGUAAGCUGUGGCGGCAAGUGGGGGAGUCCUUCAAACCCCCAAAGACAUGCACAACAGUUUCUUGGACAUUUCGUGGUUUUUAUGAGAAGGCACUCUUGGAUUAUGAAAGGCAUAAAACAAGUGGAGGUGAGCUUAAUAUACCUGUUUCUUCCCAUGCAGAGCCUGUCAUUGUUGAUACUCAGGCUUCAGGUUCAGGUAGAGCACGAAGGGAUGCUGCUGCACGUGCUAUGCAGGGUUGGCACUCACAGCGUCUUCUUGGUAAUGGUGAAGUCAGUGACCCCAUUAUUAAAGACAAAAGUUCUAUAUCCAUGCAGAAGCGUGAAAAACAACUGAAAAAUAUAGGUUUACUUAAACGUAAGAAGCCUCCUUACACAGAUCACGUGGUAAAAGCAGCACGCACUAAAGCAUCAAAGUCUCAGUUGGACAUUGCAGUGGUUGAUGCUGGACCUCCAGCUGAAUGGGUGAAGAUCAAUGUGCAAAGAACUAAAGAUUGCUUUGAGGUAUAUGCAUUAGUUCCAGGACUUCUACGCGAGGAGGUGCGAGUCCAAUCUGAUCCUGCGGGACGGCUGGUUAUAAGUGGUGAACCCGAACAUGCUGACAAUCCGUGGGGUGUGACACCUUUCAAGAAGGUCGUGAGCCUGCCAUCAAGAAUCGACCCACAUCAAACAUCGGCAGUGGUGACUCUGCACGGGCAACUAUUUAUUCGUGUUCCAUUUGAGUUGUCGGAGUAGCAACGUAUAAGGAUUGAUUGUUCCUUACAAACCACCUUUCUUUAUUUUUUUGUUCCGGUCUCUCCAACCCCAAUAAUAGUAAAGUCUAAAGUAGAAACAGGAGGAGUUUUAGCAUGAUGUUGCGUUGGUAACCUCAGACCUCAGACCUCGACCCAGUUAUAGUUUAGUUUAGGCCUAACUGUGCUUUGUAGUUCAACUUCAUUUGUGUAAUUUGUUCACAUUUAAACGUUAUUUAUGUUUUGAAUAAUUUGUACAUUUUAUUCCGUGGAAGAAUGAAUACUUUGUAUUUCUUUCUUUUGGAACCAUUUGAUUUGGACAA